UGCCAACGAGUGAGCUUUUUCUUUGUUUUGAAUAUUUUAUUUUAAUAUUUUGUUGCGCAUAUAAAUGAAAAUUUAAAGUCGUAUUUUAUUUGUAUGUAUUGCAAACAAAAUUAUUAGUUCUAAAAAUAGGAAUACCUCAUUAAGGGAAGGUUUGUGUUGUCCCGUUGAACUUUGAAGGGCCUUCCUCAUACCUCAAACAGAGAUUGAUGAAAUUUCAGCUACUUCAAAUUCAAUCCACUUCACUGUUUUAUCCACCACCACAUAUCCGCCAUUAAAACCCAGAGCAGAGCUUCAGGCUCUUCAAAUCCAAUCGGAGCGAUGGUUUUCGAGUUUGUCUCCGGCGAGUGACCUGAAAAAUGCUGUCGCUGGUGAGGACCAAAUCGGCGGCGAGCAAGAAGAGAAGGAUCAUCCUCGGCCUCGACUCUGCCAACUCCGGCAGGGAGAUUCUACUCCGAUUACUUGUGGUCGUCGUGAAACCUGGGGAUAAUCUGCUCGCGGUCCACGUUCAACAGCCCAAUGACAAUUUCGAUCCCAAUACUUUCCAUAUCCAUGAAGAUCUCUGCAAAUCGAAGCAGGUGGAUUUUCAAGUGAGGAUUUGCGAAGGCGAUUCGUAUAUUUCAGAAUUGACGCGUCAAGUUCGACUGAAUUUUGCGACCAUUCUUGUUCUUGGAAGCAGCUCUUCUGGUCCCAAAGAUUCAGUAGUAAAAACAUGCUUGAAAGGGCUGCCCCCAACCUGCACCCUCCUGGCAAUGGACAACAGAGGAAAAAUCCACAUCCAAAUGCAGGGCACUUCUCAACAAGGCUCCACAAGGCCAAUCUUCAAACCUCUUCUCCCAUCACAUACAAACACCAUUCAACCAUCUUCAACCCACCCUUCACCACAGCCGUUGACUGAAUCACCAUCUUCUUCUUCUUCCUCACCAUUACCAUCCAUGCCACCAGAAGAAUCUCAAGUUCCCGCGUUCACACCGGAGACGGGGCGCAGUGUUGAUUUGAAGCCUUCCAUCAGGCUCUUCACACCCCAGGAGAUUGCUUUGGCUACCAAGAACUUCAGCCCUGUGAUGUUGAUUGGAGAGGGUGCGCGCUUUAAAAUGUAUAGCGCGAAGCUCGAGGAUGGGCAGUUUGUAGCAGUGAAGGUUCAGACCAAACAGUUCUCGUCGGAAGAUUUGCUUCACGAGAUUGAGAUGUUGGCUGUCCUGAAACAUGAAAACAUUGUUAAGAUUGUAGGGUGUUGUAACCGUGAGGAGAUCCGAGCGGUGGUGUACUACCGGUUGAAAGGAAACUUGAAGCAGCAUUUGAGAAAACUGAGAUGGACUGAGAGAGUGAGAGUUGCAAUCGGGGUGGCUAAGGCAUUGAAGUACCUUCAUCAUACUUGCAGCCCUCCUGUCAUUCACAGAAACAUAAAAUCAUCCAAUAUUCUGCUAUCUGAACAAUGUCAACCACAAUUAUCAGACUUUGGAGAAGCAAUAUUACUUCAGGCAGUGCAAGAUAACUCAACGCAAGUUGACUUUGGGAGGUUCAGCUACUUGGCCCCGGAGUAUUUGAUGUAUGGAAAAGUUGAUGAGAAAGUCGAUGUUUAUUCCUAUGGCGUUGUGCUUCUGGAACUCAUCACUGGGAAACAUGCAAUUCAGCCAGACCAGACAAACCGUAGAAGCUUAGUUUUCUGGGCAAGGUCCCUAUUAGGCUGCAACUUAGCUGAGCAUUUAAUUGAUCCAUAUUUGAAGGAAGACUACAACCAUGAAGAGAUGGAAAUGAUGAUGAUUGUCGCCCGCCUCUGCCUUUUGCACUCUUCAUCGAGACGACCAACAAUGGAAACUAUAGUGAAGCUAUUUGAAGAACCAGAGUACCUGAAAAAGAUGCUGAGAGGGAGAGAAGAGCUUCUUACUGUGCUGGCUCCCAAAGCUGAGAUGGGAUUAUGGAAAAAUGAAGAAUCAGCCCUGCAAGAACCUGCCAGAACCGACCAGAACUAUGGAUUUUCUGAUAACUUAAAUGUCACAUAAUGAAAUUAUAAAGACUAACAUAUGAAUGCUAAACAUGAACCACCUGAUACCCUGAUAGAGAUAUUAUAACGUUUGGUAAUAUAUAAUUCUUCUCUCA